CCUGUCAGUCUUUUCGGAGUGUUUUGCCCAAAAUGACCUAAAAGUCAAGAGGACAGUAACUUGUACAUUUGAUUUAUUAAUUACGUAUCGGAAGUGCAGAGACGGUAUCGUAGUGCGCAACAUCCGCACAGUCGUGGACUGUCACGCGGGCGUGUAAGGCCAGCAUCGCGACAUGGACCAUCUCAAGUCCAACAACCAGUUUGACGAUUUGCCGCACAAAUGGGUGGCCGUAGUGGCCGACUACCUGCGGGGCUUCCGGAACGACACGACCGACUUCAACCGUCCGCAGCUCCGUUCGUCCGUCCGGCACACAUAUCCGGCGUUCGUGUGCGGCUACAGCGCGCUCAUCAUGGCCGGCGCGCUGUGCAACGCCUACGUGCUGGCCAUUGUGGCCAGAAAGCGGCUGUACGCGGCCGAUCCGGUGUACGUUUACGUGGCCAACCUGGCCGUCACGGGCAUCGUCGAGUGCGUUUCCGUGCUGCCCAUAUCGCUGAUGGUGUUGCUGGUCCAAAACUGGAUAUUCGGACGGUUCCUGUGUUUCUUCCUGCCAAUGCUCCAGGAUGUUCCUACUCAUGUGAUAAUGUUGACCUUUCUUUUAAUGGCUAUUGAUCGUUAUAAACAUCUCAAACAUCCAAAUAAAAUGAGACUCCCACCAUUAGCGUGUACAUUUGGAUGUUGGAUAGUGGCAUUUUGUAUUGUAUUGCCAUAUCCCGUUUACACUGCUUAUUUGGAUUUAGGUGAAUAUAUAAAAGUACAAUUUGAAGGCGUUGGCAUUUGUGCAGUAAACAUGGCCGAUGAUAUGCAAGACUAUCUUCGGAGUUUAUUCGUUCUGACAUACUUGAUUCCGUUAGUUUCUAUGGGUUACCUAUAUUCAAAAAUGUCAGAAAUUUUGCGUGACUUGAUGAAUGUUCCCGCCGUGUUUUACUCUCAAGACAUAACACCGAGAAACAGUGAAAUACCAUCACGUUUGAACGAAAUACAAUCCACAGUUAGCGACUCUGAUGACGAGGAGAUUGACGGGUACAAAGAGUCAAAGACACAAAAAUAUUUAAUAUCAAUGAUCAUUUCAUAUGCUGUGUGUUUGUGUCCACUAAUGAUUUUAAGAUUGGCAAAACUCGAAGUGUCUGAAACGUACGAGAACAGUAGACACUUCGAUUUGACGUUCAUGAUAUGCGUCUGGUUGGCAUUUGUGCCAACAGUCACCACUCCACUACUGUUUGUCGCAUGGAAUUCGGACAGUAGUACCAAGGAUCGGAUCAGAAGUUAUUUCAAAAGGACAAAGGUCACCGCGGAACAAGCAACCAGGACCGUGUCGACGGAGGGUCUCGCAGCUCGCAAUUCAAUUUAUACAGUGCAAGAGAGCAUUCCGGCUUAAACGCUUCGAACGAACUGUUUACAUUAGUUUAUUAAUUAUAUAAUAUAACAAAACAAAAAAUAAAAUUAGUAUUAAUAAAAAUAAAAACAAAACAAAAA